AUGUCAAUAAUAAUACCCGGGGACCAGCUUCCGGUGGAUGAAACCACUCUUAAUAGCAAGAAACUCACGGUAGGGCCAUCAAUUUAUGUCGACCCACUAUUAGACAACCAAAUGACCAUCAGUAACGCGGGGAUUUUUACCCAUAAAGAAAAGAAGACAAAGCAACUUAUUACCGUUGAAUCAUCAUCGAAAAACUAUAUUCCUGCCGUAGGAGACUUGAUUGUGGGUACGGUACUCGGGGGGUUUGGAGAGUUUUUUAAAGUGUCGCUUUCGAAUUACAAACCACCGGCAAUCUUGUCAUACAUGGCAUUUGAAAAUGCCACCAAGAAAAACCGUCCUAAUUUGAAGACUGGAUCAUUGGUGUACGCCAGAAUCAGCGCUUAUGAUCCUAAUAUUGAUGUGGAACUCGAAUGUUUCAACCCCACCACGGGGAAAGCCGAAGGGUUUGGGGAAUUGACAGGAGGCACCGUGGUCGAGGUUGAUCUUGGGUUUGCCCGGUACUUGAUGUUCAAUGAAAAUAAUCCUGUGCUCGAGCACUUAAGUAAGAAAUGCCAGUUUGAGAUCGCCAUCGGGGUCAAUGGCAAAGUGUGGAUUAAAGGCGGUGAUUUGGUGACGACGUUGGCGUGCUGUCAGUACAUUGAGCAGGCACAGCGUUUGGCCAGCGGGGAACUAGAGCAGUUGUUGAAGAAGCUUUGGAAGCAGCAUAAUAUAUAG